CGUAAAGAUAAUGUUACGCCUGUUCUUGGUAUUAUGAAUAAUAGUGAAUAUUCACAUGAUGAAAAGUUGCUUAAAUGGGCAGAUUAUUCAUUUACAAAAUCUGUCGUUCACUUCAAACGUGUUGCAUUAACAAGCGUUGAAUUUGCUUUGCUAAUAGCUAUUAUUUUUACAAAAUCUGAUACUAAAGACAUGUCUGCCGAAGGAAAAGAAUUGCUUUAUGACGAAUCCGUUAAAUACACAAAUAUUUUACUUCGAUAUAAUCAACGAAGAUUAGGUUUACUUGAAGGGGCUCAAAGAUUGGAUGAAUGUUUUCUUAUUUCUCUCUCAUCAACUUAA